CCCACGCAUUAGAAAAUUGGCCCCUCCACAUUUUUAUGAUAAUUCGAACACACCACCACUGGAUCACCAUAAUAUUUUCGUGUACCUUCGAACUACAAGUCGGUUUCUGAAUUCUUGAUACUACCACCUAUCAAAAACAUAAAUUAAACAUCAUAUAAUCUCCAUUACUUAAUAUCCUUAGUAGGGGUGUUAAAAUUGUUACCAUGAUAAUUAUGAAACCAAAUAAAUCUAAAUUAUGUUGACCAUAAAAUAUAAUAUUUAGUCGGUUUGGUCAGUUGGUUAACCAAGCUAAGCAAUAUAACAUACCAAUAACGAUGUGUUUUUCAAGGCUGGGUGGAGGCGAGUCUGGCCACUCCGCCGGUGAGCCGCCACAUCAGCAGCAUAUGGAUUUGUUCGGCAGGGGUAAGUGAAAUUACCUAAUAUCUUCGCAGUAGUAUAAGAAGAUAUUAUGGUGAUCCAAUCCAAUAGUGGUGUGUUCGAGAUUCUCAUAAAGAUGUGAUGGGACCGAUUUUCAUAAUGUGGGUUUGUAAUGGGAGUAGUUUACCAUUUUAUUAAAACUCGUGGUCAAAAAAUUUAUCUAGUGGGUUGCGGACGGUUAUCAUUUGAUGACAGUUACAAUUCUGGCGGAUAGCGGUUACAAGUCCAAACGGAUCCUACUCUGUCUUAAGCUAAGUGGACGGUUAUAAUUUCUUACUUAGUGUAUUUCUUCCACUGGUUGGGUUUGGUAUAUUUGUUUUCCUAACUUGUGAUAGAUUGGUUCGCAUAGCUUGUGGAGCAUCGUCGAUGGAGGAGAUGGAAAGUUUGUACUUGACGAUUGCUGCUUCAAGAAGUUUGCCGAAAGAAGUUUUCUUUUGCGUUUAUUUGUUUAUUUAUGUUCUUAGGCAUACUAACAGGGCUGCCCAUCGCGUGGCACAAACGGCCCUUGCAUCGGUAGCAACUCUUUUAGUUGACUACCGCUCUUUCAUUUUUCACCGCAUUGUAAUACCCUAUCUAUUACGAUCUAUCUAUGAUAAAAAAAAAUUUAUCUAGGGGUCGUUUGGAUCAGGGAAAUUGGACAGGGAUUUUGUCCAAAUUCUGGCCCGUUCAGGAAUUUAACUAAUAUCCUUGUUUGGAUAGGUCUUAAAACUAUCGAGAUUUGGGCCUCCAGAAUUUUCAAAUCCAGCCCGAUCCAUAAUUAAAAUUAGAUGCCAACCCUCGGGUAUUUUAAAAUCCGGCCCUAAUUAUUUUUUUUAUUUCCAGCGUGUCGACGAUUGUAAAGAUUACAAUCAAAAGACCUCCUCGGGAUCGCCGGUCAUAAUUGGUCCUCUUAAUUGGCCGGCCGGCAACAAUUUGGCAUCGGCGGCAAAAAGGGUCAAAAGUCACAGAGAGUUUCGUGCACCGGUAACUAGUUUUUUCUACGUUACUUUCCCUCGAAAAAACGACGACAUCUCCCGUCUCAGAAUAACAAGCAAAAGCAGCAGCAGAUCCAAAUGCUUCAACCAAUCUUAAUUUCUACCUCUUCACUAUAAAGAGGAAUAUGGCAAUGAUCAUCAAGAUAACAAACUUGCCAUAAUGAUCAUGGUAGUAGUAUUGGCGACCAUAAUGGUCAUUAUGGCACGUCCUUCGGUCCAGGAUACAGUUUCCAUUACCAAUCUCUUAAGCGACAAAAUACUGAUCGUGCAUUGUCGAUCCAAAGACGACGACCUCGGAGACCAUGGGGUAGCCAUCGGGGAUAGCUUCAGUUGGAGUUUCGAGCCGAACGUUUUCGGCGGGACACUUUUCUGGUGCAACCUCGCGGUCGAAGAUAAGCGUAUUUCUUUCAAGGCGUACGAGGAAUACGAAGAAACCUUCGGGAAGUGGUUUGUUCAUGACGAUGGACUUUAUGGGAAGCCCGACCGCUUUCCGAUCUUUAAGAUGGCUGCAUGGACGGGACCAUAAUAGUAAGAGCACAUGGAUUUUGUUAGAUCGGCAAGUUUAUGGUUUUAUAUAAGUUCUAAUUAAGAACGUCGUUCAAGUCGAGUGAUGGUUUUAUAGGUUUAAUUCUCUUUUUGAAUGUUGAACUAGUGUAAACCCCGCUCGUGUUACCAUUUCGCACUUUUAGCAAGAAGAGGAUUUUUUUAAAAGAGUUGGUAAUUUGAAUGUUGGUCAAAAAAAGUGAAAGGGUUACCUUAGCUCGUUGUUUUGGGAUGGCAGUGACUAGAUUAAUGGAAGGAGGAUGUUAUUAUAUUUUGUAAAGUGCCAAUUGAUGAUAUUGUUGAGAUAUCGGGAAGAUGGAGUUAAGAAUGCCAAAAAUUUAAUAGAGGUCGUGGGAAAUGUGGUGGUGGAAGAUAUCUUAGGAUUCCGCUGAUAUUGUUUUGAUCAGAUGGGGCUGUGAACAGGUGAGCGAAGCGCGCGGAUUGGAAGGAGUAGAUCUGGUAUGGAUCUUUGGUAUUGGUCGUGGCACACCUAGGAAGGGGAUAACAUAGUAUUCCUUGCUACAAUGUUUCGUGAUUAGUUGUGAAUUGGUGAGUGAAUUAACCAACAAUAGAUGAGAACUGAGUGGAAAAUGACUACUAUGGAGAAACCAAUGAACAAAAAUUGAAAACCUUUGUGGACAAUAACUGCAAUGGGAAAUACAGAAGACAAUAUAUGUAGACCAGGCGGACAAUAGUUGAACAUAGAUUGCCACAAGGUCGAAUGAUAUUGUUUUUUUUCCCCUCCUUUUUGUGCGAAUCGAUGGAAAGCAAACCAAGUUUUUAACAAACUCCAUAACCAAUUCAUUCUGCCAAUUACAAAAGUAGUAAAAAUCGUUCCGACCCAACACUCGUAAAUACCACGUUCAACACGUUGGUUUGUUAUUUGAGUGUGGGUCGGAUGAAAAAUGGGUCGAGUUUUAACAAGAUCCACACUCGAUCCAACUCGUCAAUUCAAAAAGUGGGUGAAACUCACUCCUGACCUAAAACUAGACAACAUCAUGUUCAACCUGCUCUAAUUUGACCGUGUCGACUGUUUUGUUUUAAUUUUCAGUCUGAGUCGGAUGGAAAGCAGGACAAAUUUUUAACAAUAUCCACACCCGAUCCAACCCAGGAAUUAUAAAAGCAGGUAAAAAUCAUUGCCGAACCUAAACUCGUUAACACUGAAUUCAACUCGCUUUGACCGGGUCGAUUGUGUUGAUUUUUAGGUGCCGAUUAGAUGGAAAGCGGGCCACAUUUUCCACAAAUCCAUACCCAACCAAACCCGUCAAUUACCAUAAGCCGAUAAAACACGCCAACACCAAAUUCAACUCAUUUUGACAUGUUCGAAUUAGGUUGAAUACUCAUGAAUUUGGGCUUAAUUGUUGUAAAAUAAAUACAACAAAAGUUUCAAUUUCACUGAAAUUUUGAAUAAGUGGGCCGAGUUGUAAACAAAAUUCGCACCCCACUCAACCCAACCCGUUAAUUAAAAAAAAGUAUCGGCUGUGGAACUAUCGUCCAAAGACCGUCGCAAAUAACAUACAUAUAUGUUAUUUAAUGACCUUGUCAGAGUCGCCGGCACCGUCGCCAACUAUCCGUCGCGAAAACAAUGGCAGCUUGUACACUUUAGGAUACACGUGUCGAGUUGUUAUUGGCUGGAGUCUAACGGGUUGGUGGUUUCAAGCGGCCGGAACCACGACGAGCCAUUGCAUUUUCCCGGUCCGACGAGGCGACGGCCGUCGGGAAACUUCAUCCCAUGCCAGACAAUGAUAUUUUUAUAGCAAUCAAAUAAAUUUUCAUUGAGCACGCGUGUAAAACACAGAGCACAAAAUGAAUUAUAUUAAAUUUU